AUAAUAUUGUAUUUUUUUUAAUGAGUGUUUCGCGCGACUAAACAAAAAAACAACACAAAACCAAUGUUGUUUACGGCGUUUAGAUUCAGUUGACAUCUCAUAUCUCUCUCUACUGCUACCGAAAACUACCGAUAGUUGUGUGGACACCCGAUUACCCGAUAGAUCACACUUACCGAUCAACUAUUCAGACAACUACUGACUGACCGACUGACUGACCAACCGAUAGGACAACAACUACUACUACAACAACACAACACAACACAAGACAUAAUGGCCGUUGUUUUUGAAGACGUUUUAGUUAAAGAGCUCAACGAAGAUACCGAUGAACUGAUCGAAAAGUUUCCGAACCAUACCAUUCGGAUUCAGGUGAUCGACGAAAGCGAUAAUCUAUUGAUCCGAUGCAAGAGUGCCGUCACCGGCGUCGGCGUCGGCAACAACACCGGCGUCGACACCAAUGCCAUCAACAGUCUGUACGACAUCGAAGUCUACAAAGAGUCGGAUACGGCUGUCUUUGGCCGACACGGUUUUGCUAUUACCGAAAAGGACAGGACAUUUGUACUGGAAUUUGGCCGUCGAAAACAACAAUCGCAGGCCCGGGAUUCCGAUCUCCAGGUGUUCAACAAAUUGAUUACGGAUUUCAAAUACGGUCGCAAAGAGUCGGUGUUUUCGCAGCGUACCGAUGAAUCAUCCGCUUCGCAGUACUUCCAGUUUUAUGGCUAUCUAUCGCAGCAGCAGAAUAUGAUGCAAGAUUUCAUCCGUACGUCGACCUAUCAGCGGGCAAUACUGGCCAACAUCGAGGAUUUUAAAGAUAAAGUAGUGCUCGAUGUCGGCGCCGGUAGCGGUAUACUAUCGUUUUUUGCCGCCCAAGCUGGCGCACGCAAAGUCUACGCUGUCGAAGCCUCAUCGAUGGCCAAACACGCCGAAACGUUGGUCUACGCUAAUAAGCUAUCCGAUCGGAUCCAAGUGAUUGCCGGUAAAAUCGAAGAGAUCACACUCGGCGAACAAGUGGACAUAAUUAUAUCGGAACCGAUGGGCUAUAUGUUGUUCAACGAGCGUAUGCUUGAAACAUAUUUGCACGCAAAGAAAUGGUUGGCACCCAAUGGCAAAAUGUUUCCAUCGAGAGGCGAUCUACAUAUAGCGCCGUUCAGCGAUUCGCAGCUCUAUGUCGAACAGCUGACAAAAGCUAACUUCUGGUUUCAGCAAAACUUUCACGGAGUGGAUCUGUCAAGUCUGAGAAGUGCGGCCCUUAAAGAAUACUUCUAUCAGCCAGUAGUCGAUACAUUCGAUGUCAGGAUAUGUACGGCCAAAUCGUUUCGCUAUUCAGUCGACUUUACCAAAGCUGACGAACAAGAUUUACAUCGAAUCGAUAUACCGUUCAGUUUUUCGAUGCUCCAGACGGACGAAGUACACGGACUGGCCUUUUGGUUUGAUGUUGCCUUUUUCGGUUCGCAGCAAACGGUUUGGUUGUCGACAGCGCCGACACAGCCGCUAACACAUUGGUAUCAGGUCCGAUGUCUGGUCGAUACACCAUUGUUUGUCCAAAAAGGACAAACACUAUCGGGUCGUGUGGUAUUGGUAUCGAACAAAAGGCAGAGCUAUAACGUGGACAUCGAGUUGUGUGUGGAAAACUAUGGCCGCAUCGAUAAGGCAACCAAUUCGCUGGAUUUGAAGAAUCCGUAUUUCAGAUAUACGGGUCAACCGCCGCAGCCGCCGCCCGGCUGUAAUGAUCAGUCGCCGAGUGAACAAUAUUGGCAAACAUUGGACGCUUCAACCAAUCAGUCGGCAACAAACCAGAACGGAAUGGUUGUUAUGAAUGGCAUCGGCAAUGGUGUUACCGGCGGUAAUCAUUCAUCUGUUAUUGAGAUAAACAGUAUGCAAAUACAGGCCCCAAACAAUGGUUACGCUGGUCAUCAUCAUCAGCAGCAACACCAUCAGCAACACAAUCACAGCCAACAACCGAUGAUUACCGGAAAUAUGAUGCCAUUAUCAGCAGCAGCAUCGGCACCACAGAGCCAACUGAUUCAAAAUCUAUGUUCACUGCCGGUCAGUCCGAAUGCCGCCUCCCAUCAGAGCCGCAACAGUCCGCUAAGCCAUCAUCAUCGGCAAGUGGUUGUACAGCCAGUGGCAGCCCAAGUACCGACCAGUUCUAUUGGCGGCGGUAUCUCUCCAUCGCUAUUCUCUUCAUCGGCCAAUACAGUACAGCAGCAAUCGUCUGUCGGUGUUUCCGUUUUCAAUGCCGGAGCCAACAACAGCUUUCCGGUUAACACAAGCCUAAUGAUUGGCGACUAUGCGGUCGCUUCACCACAAAAUCUGAUUCUUCCGCCACAACAACAGCAACACCAGUCGUCGUCGACAACAGUGGUUUCGCCACACAAUGUAUACAAAUCGGUCCAUCAUUGAUGUCAACCCAAACAACCAAAACCAAACCACAGACACACACACACAACACAUCCAGUAGUUUAUCUAAAGUGUGAUCAAAAAAGAAGAAGAAGAAAAAUCAGAUGAAAUAAAACACAAAACAAUAGUUUUUUUGUUGAAUAUUUAGAUUUAUUAAAAAAAGCAAUACAUUUGUGUUAAAAAAUAACAUUUUCAAUGAAAAAAAAUACAGCAAUUGUUUUUUUGAUUA